UAAUAUUAAUAUUUAAUACCUAUAUAUUCAGAAAAUAGGAUCUUUGCAUAAGAAAGUGCUUUUUCAUUUCUGCGUUAGAAUCUGAGAGAGAAGAACACAGAAGAAAAAAAAGAAGAAGAACAAAGAGGAGACACAGACACAAAUCAAAUCAACUACAGGUCUGUGGCUCCUCUUAAUAUAAAAGCUAGUUAGUUUCUGGGAGAGAAAAUUUUAGAGGAAAGGAUGGAUUAUGAAAGUAAUAGUUGGAUUUGGGAAGGGGUGUACUAUUAUCCACAUUUGUUUGGGGGUUUAAUGGUUACGGCGGCUUUGUUGGGUUUGUCAACGAGUUACUUUGGUGUGAUUGGGGUUCCUUUGCCACUUCCGCACUCUUGGUACAAUUUGGGGGUUUUUCGCAAGAAGAAGAACGUUGGGAAGAGGCGCGUUCGGGUUUACAUGGAUGGGUGUUUUGAUCUGAUGCAUUAUGGUCAUGCUAAUGCACUCAGACAAGCUAAAGCUUUAGGGGAUGAAUUGGUUGUGGGGCUUGUUAGUGAUGAGGAGAUUGUUGCUAAUAAAGGACCUCCCGUUUUGUCCAUGGAUGAGAGGCUUGCCCUUGUCAGUGGAUUAAAGUGGGUGGAUGAGGUCAUAACUGAUGCUCCUUAUGCAAUUACUGAGAAUUUCUUGAACCGUCUCUUUCAUGAAUACAACAUUGACUAUGUCAUACAUGGCGAUGAUCCUUGCCUGCUUCCUGACGGAACAGAUGCUUAUGCUGCGGCAAAGAAAGCUGGCCGUUACAAACAAAUUAAGCGUACUGAAGGAGUCUCUAGUACGGAUAUCGUAGGAAGAAUAAUGUCUUCUUUAAAAGAACAAAACAAUCGUGAAGAUGUAAAACCCCAAGACGAAUGCCAGUCAAAGGUUUCGCACAUAUCCCAAUUCCUACCAACUUCCCGACGUAUUGUGCAGUUUUCAAAUGGCAAGGGUCCAAGGCCGAAUGCUCGGAUUGUAUACAUUGAUGGAGCAUUUGAUCUCUUCCAUGCAGGUCAUGUUGAGAUGCUUAAGAGAGCUAGGGAACUUGGAGAUUUUCUUUUGGUUGGUAUUCACUCUGAUGAGACAGUGAGUGAAAAUCGAGGAAAUCACUAUCCAAUUAUGCAUCUACAUGAGCGGAGCCUUAGUGUGUUAGCUUGCCGUUAUGUUGAUGAAGUCAUUAUUGGUGCACCUUGGGAAAUUACAAAGGACAUGAUCACAACUUUCAAUAUCUCACUAGUUGUUCACGGCACUGUUGCUGAGAAGUCAUUACCCAGUGAAAAAGAUCCUUAUGAAGUUCCUAAGAGCAUUGGCAAAUUCCGCUUGCUUGAAAGCCCAAAAGACAUUACUACUACCUCAGUAGCCCAAAGGAUAAUGGCCAAUCAUGACGCCUAUGUGCAACGGAACGCCAAGAAAGCCAAGAGUGAGAAGAGAUACUAUGAAGAGAGAAAAUACGUUUCUGGUGACUAGCAUGUAUAGACUUUAGUUUGUUACUGGUCUACAAACAUAACCCUGUGAGAGAUACUUGAUAUAGCAGGAAAUCUAUACAUUUGUUGAAGGACCAUUAGUACAGUGUAUGACAUAGAAUGAGAUUAUUGUAGAUUACUUGGGAAUACCAUUGUACUAUAGUGUCCCUACACAUUUUUUUCUUGUCAUUUGAAAGGCUGGUUAGCCCUACAAGUUUUAUGGCAUUUGUAUUUUUGCUC